GGACCUGCAGAGCCAGUUCUGGCCUCAGAGGCCGGGCUGGGGGGGCGGGGGGGGGCCGGGCUGCGGCACCUUUAAGACAAGGGAGGACCCCUCUUGCCCUCGGAGCAACCAGGAAGGGAGUCGGAGCAUCAUACGGGGCCUUGGCGGCACUGGAGUUACUGGAGGGCCGUGACGCCGCCGCCGCCGGAGCCAGGGGGAGCGCACGACCGCCGCCCGGGGGUGCAGCCGGGGGGGGGGCGCCCCGCGGACCCCGCACCCAGCGGCGCAGGGAGGCGCCCGGUCCCCCCAAGCCCGGGCCCCGGCCCCGCGAGGUCUCGCCGCAAAAGAUGGCCGGCGGCGUGGACGGCCCCAUCGGGAUCCCGUUUCCCGACCACAGCAGCGACAUUCUGAGUGGCCUGAACGAGCAGCGGACGCAGGGGCUGCUGUGUGACGUGGUGAUCCUGGCCGAGGGCCGGGAGUUCCCCACGCACCGCUCGGUGCUGGCCGCCUGCAGCCAAUACUUCAAGAAGCUCUUCACAUCGGGGGCCGUGGUGGACCAGCAGAACGUGUACGAGAUCGACUUCGUGAGCGCAGACGCCCUCACGGCCCUCAUGGACUUCGCCUACACAGCCACUCUGACGGUGAGCACGGCCAACGUGGGCGCCAUCCUGAGCGCCGCUCGGCUGCUGGAGAUCCCCGCCGUCAGCCACGUGUGCGCCGACCUGCUGGAGCGCCGCAUCCUGGCGGCCGACGAUGCCCCUACCCCCGACGGGGCGGACGCCCCUGAGCCGGCGGGCCAGCUGGACCAGCGCAACCUGCUGCGGGCCAAGGAGUACCUCGAGUUCUUCCAGAGUAACCCCAUGAACAACCUGCCGCCUGCCGCCUUCCCCUGGUCGGCCUUCGGCCCCGACGACGACCUGGACGCCACCAAGGAGGCCGUGGCGGCCGCCGUGGCCGCCGUGGCCGCCGCCGGGGGGGACUGCAACGGGCUGGACUUCUACGGCCCGGGUCCCCCGGGCGGGGACCGGCCCAACGGCGGGGACGGGGAUGAUGGCGGAGGCGGCGGCGGCGGCGGCGACGGGCAGGCCGGGCUGUGGCCCGAGCGAGACGAGGACGCCCCGUCUAACAAUUCGGCGGCCACGGCGGGUGGGCUCUUCCCUGCCACGCAGAACGGCCACUACGGCAGGGCGGCGGCGGCGGCGGGCGGAGAGGAGGAGGCGGCGUCGCUGUCCGAGGCGGCCCCUGAGCCGGGCGACUCCCCGGGCUUCCCCGAUGGCGAGGAUGGGGAGGCGGGCGAGACGGACGGGCUGGCGGCCAGCGCGCUGCUGCAGCAGAUGAUGUCGUCGGUGGGGCGGGCGGCGGCGGCGGCGGCGGCCGGGGACAGCGAGGACGAGGCACGGGCCGAGGACAAGGGCGUGAUGGACUACUACUUGAAGUACUUCAGCGCCGCCCACGACGGUGACGUGUACCCGGCUUGGUCGCAGAAGGUGGAGAAGAAGAUCCGAGCCAAGGCCUUUCAGAAGUGCCCCAUCUGCGAGAAGGUGAUCCAGGGCGCCGGCAAGCUGCCCCGCCACAUCCGGACGCACACCGGCGAGAAGCCUUACGAGUGCAGCAUCUGCAAAGUCCGCUUUACCAGGCAGGACAAGCUCAAGGUGCACAUGAGGAAGCACACGGGCGAGAAGCCCUACCUGUGCCAGCAGUGCGGGGCCGCCUUCGCCCACAACUACGACCUGAAGAACCACAUGCGGGUCCACACGGGGCUGCGGCCUUACCAGUGCGACAGCUGCUGUAAGACCUUCGUGCGCUCAGACCACCUCCACAGGCACCUGAAGAAGGACGGCUGCAACGGGGUCCCCUCUCGCCGCGGCCGCAAGCCCCGGGCCCGGGGGGGUGGCGGCGGCGGCGGGGGGCUGGCCGGGCCCCCCGAAGCUGGCCCGGGGGUCCCUGCCCCGCCCGGCACCGUCCCGGGGGGCCCCGACUCCCCCGACGGCCGGCGCAAUGGCCAGGAGAAGCACUUUAAGGACGAGGAGGAGGAGGAGGACGAGGCGGCCAGCCCCGACGGCAGCCUGGGCCGCUGCUUGAAUGUAGGGGGCGCGGGGGCCCCCGGCACUGGCCCCCCGGGGGCGGGGGACGGGGCCCCCCACGGUGGCUUCCCGGCCGGACUCGCCUGAGACACCAAAACCAAAAACACAGCAGGAAACGAGAAGAGACGACAGACGACGAAGCAUAACGCAGAGGAGACAGAGAGCGAGCGAGCGAGAGAGAGAGAGAGAGAGGGAGGGGAACCACCUGCCUGCCCGUCCCCCCCCCGACCCCCCAGAAAAACCCACAAAAAAGAUCUAUAUAUGAAUAUCUAUAUCUCUCUAUAUAUAUGCAGAUAUAUAUAUAUAUAUAUAUACACACACACACACACAUGAACUGUCACAGGAUCUAGAAUAGCGCUUUCAUGUCCUCUCCCGCCUGGGGGGCGCCCCUCGGCCCCCCAAACCCGUCUCCCACCCUCCCUUCUAGCCCGGCUCCCCCCGCAACCUCUCCCAUCGGUGGAUCCCGGGGCUCGGUGAGGCUCUUUUGGGGAGCACAGCAUUCAGAGCCCCCCCUCCCCGAUGGGCGAUGGUGUCCGGGGACCCCCGUUGAAAUCGGGGGUUGGGUUUUCCUCUGCCCCUGCUUCUCUGCGUCUUUUCAGAUAAGACCUUAAACGCUGUCUGCUGUGAGCGGACGUUAAAUACACCAUCCCAUCCCCCCACCCUCCUUCCUCAGGGCACUUAACUUAGGGGGACCCCCCCCCCGUAUUCCUGCCUGUGGUCACCCCUCCCCCAGGGCAGAUUAUUUAUUUCCAGGUGUGGAGGGAAAUGGGUUGUGGGGAGAGUUGGGGAGAUACAGGGGGCUUUCUGCUUGGGGGGGGGGCUGCACAUCGGGGCUGCUUCUCUUGGGGGGCCUCCUGCCGCAUUCAUUCACGGCACUUACAUCUUGGCGGGACCCCUCUCCACCUCCCACACCUCCCAUGAGACAUUUGGAGAUUGAGAACGAAUUAUUUCUCCCGUUCCUUGGGAGGGGGAAAAAAAAAACAAUUUUUAAAGCACUUUUUAGUCCCUCCCCCUUCCUUCUUCCAAACAAAAUUUAUAAAUAGAUAUAGAGAGAUAAAUAUAAAAAUGAUAUAUAUGUAUACUUUUCCUCAGCAGAGCAAGCCCCCCUGUCCUGUGUGGGGUUGGGGGAGGGAACCCAGGGUCUCUAGGCGGCAGGGAGAGAGAGAGGCGAGGUCACAAAGCAAUAAUCCAGACACCCCCGGGAGGACCACCAGGAUUCAGGAAAACGACAAAGCAAAAAAGUAACGGAAGAUCCCACCUCCACUGACAAGAGAUUUCAGCACUUUGUCAUGAACAGAACGGGUAACUCUCCAGACAGACAAGACAGAAAACCCAUGUUUACAAGUCAAACCCAACUUCUAUGAAAAGUCAAAGAGAGCGAGGGCGUGAGAGAAUGAGAGACUGAGAUGGAGAGAGAGAGAGAGAGAGAGAGAGAGAGAGAGAGAGAAAACUGUCUACCCCCCCCCGCCCCUCAAAAAAAAAAAGAAUUUUAAAAGCCCAUUUAUUUUUGUACAAAAUAAAAAGGCGAAACUCUAGCCGCGGACAGAAUCCACUUCUGUUCCCCCAAGAGGGGGUAAGGGGGACCCCAGGAAGACGGAGGGGGGUACCGGGGCUCUGCUGUCUGUCCCCUCCUGUUGUCUCUCACUUGGUUCUGAUUCCAGAUGUCUCGUCACCCCAUAGCCAUCGGUGGCCGCCUGGGGAGCCCCCCCACCUUGACACUCAUAGCUCAGGGAUGGGUUCAGACCACCCAGUGUCCCCUUGUCCCCACACCCAUUUCUGGGGCUUCCAGCCCUGGGGGCGGCCUCCCCUGUGGAGGCGGGCAUGGGGGGGACCUUACAUCACCCCCCCAGGAGCCCCCCCCUCAUUUAAAAAAGGCACUGACUGUAACCCGGGGGCCUGUGCUGAGCCCCCGCAAAAGGCCUGGUGUCCGCCAGGUCAGCCACGGACUAGGGGCCGGAGGCCAGGACACCCCCCCACUACGUGCCCCCAGACACCCUCCUGUAUAUGCAGUGCCCACCCACCCGUGUGACCUUGUAAAUAGUCACUCGCUGAGCUGUGGCCCCAGGUUUGGGGGUGUCCCUACACCCUGUCCAGCCACUGGCCCUCACCCCCGUUUUGUGACAAGCCCUUGUCUUUUUUUUUUUGUUUUGUUUUAAAGGGAAACUUCUAAGAAGGCCAUUUGUAGCGAGUGUUUCUUAGAUCCUGUACCCCAGCCCAGCAAGCCCCCCCCCCAGUCUCAGGACCCCCCCUCUUCCUGAGGGGGGUGGCAGGGGAGCCCAGGGCCGGGUGGCCUCUUCACAGCCCAUUGUUGACAGGGUGGGUGUGUGGGGGCUCAGCUCCCAGAGGGUCCCCCAGACCCCGCAAUAAAAUGAACUGAAAGAAAAGAAAAAAAAAACCCGCAGCUGUCAUCCUGGCCAGUGGUGGCAACUGGACUUGGGGAUGGAGCCUCUGGGACUUUUGGGGUGGGGGAAGAUGGUGUGCCCCCAAGCACACUUUGAACCAACUCCUCGGGGACUGCACUAAACCCUUUCCCCUAGCUCUGCGCCCUGGCUUCAGCCCUCCCUCUGCCUUAAUCCCUCCCUCUGCACCGCAUGGGCCCACGCUGGGACCCCCACCUCCCGCCUGCCUGGCCCCCUCCAACUCCGUGCAUACUGUACAUAGAAGUGGGUCGAUUUUAUUUUUCUUUAAAUUAAGGUCAUGAUCAAGUGUUGCCAAAGAUACUGAGUUUCAGGAAACAAAGCAUCUGAGGGCGGGGGGAUGCAGUGGAAGAAAAAAGUGUUUUUGGUUGUUUGGGGUUUUUUUUUUUUUUUUUUUUGGGGGGGUGUUUUUUUUUUAAUGGCCUGGUACAAAAAAAAAAAGAAAAAAAGAAUUGUCCUUUCCAUCUUCUUGGUGAAGCUGUGUGGAUGUGUGUGCGUGCGAGAGAGAGAGAUAUUCAGGCUCUGAGUUGGCUGCAGGUGGGGGCUCUUGAGGUCUGGGGGUGCAUUUGGGGGCUCAAUGGGGUUCCGGAGCCCUCACCUGGGGCUCUCGCCCACCUGUAGGGUCUGAGAGACCCUAAGCUGCUGUUCCCUGUCAAUCCCCCCCCCCACGCCUUGUGAGAUUAAGAUAAGUUUAAAAGGCAAAAAUUAAAAAAAAAAAAAAAGUGAAUGUAUAUAGUAUCAGAUCAGGCCUAGCCUGGCAUGGGGGGUGGUGGCUGGAGCCCUGUGGGGGUCCCCCAUGGACCCUACCAAAGAGCCCCACCCAAGGGAGGCCCCCUAGGGGACCCCAAGUAGCUACCUGUCCCCCGUGUGCUCAGGCAGGUGUAGGGGAGGGGGGUGUUUGUACUACUGACACCCCCCUUUUAUUUGGGGGGGAAGCCCCUGCCAGGGGAUGCCUAGGCGGCCAGGAUUGUAGGAGAUGGUGGAGAGAAGAAAAUAUAGAAAAAAAAAAAAAAAAAGAAAAAACCAGAAAAACCCAGGAAAAAAAAUAAAGCAGAAAUCCUAUUUUUUGAGAAAGAAAGAUAUUUAUAUUUGCAGCUUUAUUUUAAAAAAAAGUUAUUUAAGCUGAGGAGUCAGCCUUCCUGUGGGGGGGAGGUCGGCUGGGCAGGACGGGUCAGUCCUGAGGUUCUGGAACCCCCAGACCCAGGAGCACAAUCUCGGUCCAGACUAGUCGCAGGAGAUACAGGGGCUGGGGGAUGGCCCUGUCUCCUGGCCGGGCCACCUGGAGGGCAGAAGUCGGGGGGGGGGGGGGGGGGGGGUCCUGGCGCCCAGGUGUCCCUCCCUCAGCGCCCCCCCCUGCUGGCCCAGACACACGCAGUGCCUUGGACUUUUGGGGGGUUGUGCCUGUCAAGUUGGGGGUACGGCACAGAGGACACAUUCCAGAAACUGUAUUUGGGAGUCUUUAUAAUGAAGUCGCCAACCCAAUGGCGACCAGAUCAAUUGGUGAAAAGGAAAAAAAAAAAAAAAAAAAAAAGCACUUUUUGGGGGGUGGGAGAAGCUUAGAUUGCGACGAGCGUGAUGUGAAAACCAGAAACGACAACUUUUUUUUUUUUUCUUGUACAUAAAACCACUAAAAGCAGCCUGUUAAGACCCUC